AUGCCUGACGGUUCCCGCUGCCCUGGCGGGAGGUCUUCUCACCUUCGGCAUGAUACCGUUCUAUCGCUCGCAUCAGCACAUAGAUGUCGAGUGGGAGGAGGACCUCCUCUCAAGAUGCUUGGCUUCCCGACCCGCCAUAAUCUCAGUGGGAGUUUUUGGGUGUGCGAUGGCGCUGCGGACGAUCUUGCAACGCGAUGUUCUCCAUGCCGUUUUUUGGGUAAGCCGCGUGAUCUAUUGUUUCGGUCUCCUCCAUUGUUUCGUGGAUGGUCUAGCCUCUCCACUGCUGGCGAGUCAACUGCCGGAUGCUGUCGUGGCCAGGUGGCGCUCUCUGAGAACAAAUGGAUGUGGCUGGCGAUCACUGUUGCACUAUCGUUGCGAGUUCUUCGGGUGGCAGCGUUCUAUCGCUAUGUAGCCCGAGGGGUUCAAGACGACGAACUGUGGACUGAAAUCACUUUCCACCUUGCUCAGGCAGUCCUGAACCUGCUCCUCUUGGAAGUUGUUGCCGCGAGCACACGCGUGCUGGGCGCCGUCGAGCACCGCAUCCUGCAGGUGAAGGCCGCGCUGUCGUGCAAGGCCGUUAACUUCUUCGAGGAGGGACACGCGCCGUGCGCAGAGUUGGUACAUGACACGGGGCCACAGAUGGCCCCAUUGGGCUUCCCAUUGCCGUACUUCGCGAUGAACCUGUUGAUGAAUGGGGGGCUUGUGUAUCAGAAAUUGCUGAUCACCCUGCAUUCUCCGGAUAUCCCAUGGUUGGACAGUAGCAUCGCUGGCUACACGUUGGUUGAAGGGGUGAUUACAGCAUUCGCCAUUGCUGUGGCACCUCUUCGCAUUUCGGCGGCUCUCGGUGGAUUGUGCGAGUGCCUCGGCAAGGUUCGCAGCGAGUCACCUGAAAUGCACGUGCAGAUUCAGGCGGUGGAAGUAAUGCUAGAACGCGCUAACAAUGGACACGGAUGGGGCAUCCAUGUCGGCCAAGGGGUUGUCGUCAAUAAGGAAUUAUUGCAGACCGUUUGUGUCAGGGUGUUAUUGAUGACGACCGCAAUCCUCGCAUUCAUAAGGUCGAGCAGUGGUUUCGAGAAGGCCGAGGACAACGACGCCGUCAUCGCCGACAUGAAGGAUAAUAUAUCUAGCAUCCUGUCUAUUCUGUCAGACAACAAGGUGAACUUCCACAAGCGCGAGUGA